CGCCGGGUAGCAUUGAUGGUCCUCUCGAAUUAGACGAGAGUGAGGUUCCGGUGCUCAUGUCCUCCGAGGAGUCCCACAUGAUCCUUGAUAUAUUAGAAAAAAUCGAUACAGAUGGUCUGCUCGAUCAGCCUGUCAAAGUGGCUGCGUCCGUCUUCAGCCAGUCCAGUUCUGAUCAACAUGAGGUUUCGUCGACAUUGCGCUCUUUACUUGAUCAAUCAAAUGACGUGUCGCUCCGCCACAUUUACAAGGCCUCUCAGAACUUCGCGAAACGUGUCGCGCCAAAUUCUCUCAGCCGCUCAGCACUCUCUGACUCAACUCGAAGAUUCUGUGAUCUGCUGGAUCAGCUUCUAUCCGAGCUUGUGCAGUCAAAGACCGCUGUAUCGGGGCAGAGGAUCGACUUGGAUAUGAUGGACAAUGAUGGGAGAGGUCUUCAUCAGAAAACACCUUACUACGCCCUUUUCCAACAGCUUGGUCCGGCUGGUACUUACUUUUCGUCCGCCGCCAAAUUCUCUAGGGAUCAACUUACUAAGCUGUCCUUAGGCCAAGCGGAGACGGUGGCCAUAGUGCCUACACAACUACUUCCACCAAUGGAUCUUCCCCCUUUAGGCUCCUUGGUGUCUCAUCGUUUGACCAAGCCUCGACCAGUGGAACAGUUGUCCACGGUCAGAGCCCUGCGAUACGAACCGUUCGCGUCCUUUGCACCCACCUAUACGACCGAAGCGGCAGAAGUAGGCCUUUAUGAAACCAUCCUCGCGCAUGACGCCGCAUCGUGCUUCCGCGCGUGGGAAAAGCGCAACUGGCCCGCUUUUCGUCGCCUUCGAGAAACCAAGGGUAUCAGCCGAAGUAAGAAGGGUCGCUACACCAAAGUUGAAAGAGAGUCCUUCAAAGCAACAAAACGAGUCAGGGAUGGGGACGAUGACGGGAGUGACAAGGUCAAGCGCCGCAAAGUCGACGAGCAAUCGACUGGUGAAGCGGAAGAAGUAGCCUUGUCACCGGGACCGCCAGGCGCGUCUACGACAGUCAGUCUCAUGAGCGCCGGCACCAACACUUCGUUACUGGAUGAAGAACUGUUGCAAGAGGUUAACUGGGUGCUUGGAAAUGGUGAUUCGACUUGCCCAAUAAACCAGAUACUCCGCGAAACCGCAGGAGCUCUCGAAAUGCUUCGGACCCUACAAGACAUCCGACUGCGAGGUGAUGGGAGGCUAGGAGAGGACUCGACCGAAUUUGACUUAGCGGAUGCCAUUGAUGCAAAUCUCUCCGCGCUUGUCAUGUGGCAGCCCCGGUCAUCGAAGGCGCCGACCUCGGCACCACUGGUGCCUGCGCUGCCUGCCCUAUCGAUGCUUCAAAAUGCUCUUCCUUUGGGGCCGGUGCCUGGUUACAAAGGCAUACUAAAACCAAAUUCGGCGGCCCUUAAGGAUGAUUCCACCGUGCGAAUCAGCACUGCCGAUUCACUGGUGACAGCCUCGCAGAGCGCAUACACCGGGACAUUGUCAACACAACACCGUUACGGGCCUCGUCAGACAGCAUACACGCCCGGGGUCACUUAUACCGCAAGUCAGGCUGCUUCAUAUCCGCCUGUGUAUGCUGCGCAAACGUAUGGGUCACAGAGCCACUAUGCCGGAGCUUAUGGAACAAACACCAACAUGCUUACUGCGACUGGAUACUCGGGAUAUACUUCUCCACGUCAUGCCUACCCAACUUACCCCGGAUACUCCUAUGGAGUUGGAUCUGCAUCGUACUCGACCACAGCCUAUCCUGUUCCACAACCGCAGUCAGGCGCCCCUCGCACUGUCCCGCAAGCUGGUGGAGUCAUUCAAGGUUGGAACUAUGCAGGACAAGGGCCAGUUGUAGCGCUUCCACCCCACAUGCGGGCGGCAGUAAACAAAUCCUCCGGCUCCACGCCGAGUAUUCAAUCAUACACACCAUGGCCGAAGGCAUAACUACCAUGGUCUAUUUACUUGUUCUUUUCCGUUCUGACACGUCUAGCCGCUGUAUCUUUUGGUGAGCUGGAUCUUGAACACCUUGAAGUUAGUGUACAGCUCUGCAUACUCAUAAACAACUCGUUGC